CCUAUGUUUUGGUUCCGCCGACAGAUAAGGGGUUCUGUUUUUAGCUCCGUCAUGUUCUGGAGGCAGAGAGGAGCAUCUUUCUGAUCCAUAAACAAAACCUGACAGGUUCGUCUCACAUGAACGCGGCUUCACUUCCGGGUCUGAGGUUCUGAAAGCUCAAAGCGGAAGUUUAGUCAUGGCUGACCGGAGAUAAACCGGCGAUCCAUCUUCCCCUCUCUCUAAGAUCAUGGAUCCUCCUGAGGUCCAGCCCGGAGGUCCGGACACCGAGCAGGACGCUGCACCGACCCCGGCGGAGGUAGACGCCGCGGUUCUGCUGCUGGGAGCGGGAGUUACCGCCGCCACACACCCGCUGCUCUACGUCAAACUGCUGAUCCAGGUGGGACACGAGCCUCUGCCCCCGACUGUUGGUACAACCUUGUUUGGAAGAAAAGUCUUAUAUCUGCCAGGUUUCUUUACGUACGCUCGGUACAUCGUAAAAGUGGACGGGAAGACGGGACUCUUCCGUGGCCUCUCGCCUCGUCUCGUGUCCAGCAUCGUCUCCACCGUCAUCAGAGGGAAAGUUAAACAGGUGGAACAUCGAUCAAAGAAAAGCGACGAGCAGAGCUCACUCAGGAAAGUCUUCAGAGAGACGUCAUAUGAAAUGAUCAUCCAGUGCCUGUCCCGAGUGGCCACCCAUCCUUUCCAUGUCAUGUCGGUGCGCUGCAUGGCCCAGUUUGUUGGAAGAGAGAACAAAUACACCGGUGUGUUCGGCUGUUUGCUGAGGAUCUUUGAAGAAGAAGGGGUGUCUGGAUUCUAUGCGGGUUUUGUCCCUCACGUCCUGGGAGAAGUCCUGUUCCUGUGGUGCUGUAACCUCCUGGCUCACCUCAUCAACACCUACGCUGCAGACGAAGGAUUCAGCCAGGCGUCGGCUGUGAGAAGCUACACCAAGUUUGUGAUGGGAAUUGCCGUGAGCGUUCUGACGUAUCCCUUCACGCUGGUGGCCGACAUGAUGGCCGUCAACAACUGUGGUCUGGCUGCAGGUCUUCCUCCUCGCUCCCCUGUCUUCAGCUCUUGGCUGUCCUGUUGGACUCACCUGAGUCAGAAGGACCAGCUCUUCAGGGGGUCCAGCUUCUUUUCCCGUCGGGUUCCUGUGACCCCCCUUCCUGCCAUCCAGGACUGACAUCAUCAUCAUCAUCAUCAUCAUCGACGCUCUUCCUCCUCCUGCUGGAGCAACAAACCAGACCUUCAGGAUUUAGUUCUUCAGGAACCGUGAACCGGGUCUGAUCCAGCCCCGCGACUCGGACUUCAUCUUCAUCACAGCUGAAGCUCGGUGCCAAAAACCAGAACUGUUUGUUUUUACUUCGGCUGUUUACGUGCUUUUAUUUUGUAAAAACCGUUUUGAUUUAACAGGAAGUUCAGGAUCAGGUUUCAGGAACCAAAGAGUUCAGACUCAGAUUUAAAGAUAAAAACCAGAAAUAAAACUAAUGAAACAAGAA